UAAUUACAGUUAUCAUGAAUGGGAAUGAAGUUUAGAAAACAAAAAAAAAAGAAGAAGAAUGAUUGAAAGUUAGUUGAGGUUGCCAAAAUUUUGCAAACCUACCAGACAAACAACCUCCACCUUCCAAUUUAAUUGUGGCGCCCCGCCCCGCCCAGCCCCCAAUACGUAUUGCUACUCCCUACAGCAUUCUUGCUCCGGGACUAUUUCCAAGUGCAGCGCGCACGCAUUGUAAAACCCGUUCUUUCUUUCUUAAUUCCGGGUAUAGUAGUGCCUCAAUACUGUUCCUGCUAUCUACGAUGUGGCGGUCACUUUGGCCUACAAUCGACCGCUUCUCUCUUCACCACUUCAGAUAUAUUGUAAACCAACUGCGGGAAAUCAGAGUCGUUGACAAGCGCAACCGGGAAGUAGUUUUGGAUUUGCUUCAAUCAAUUGUGGAAAUAGUUACCUAUGGUGAUCGGCAUGAUCCAGCGAUUUUCGAAUGUUUCAUGGAAUUUCAAGUUUUAGCAGAGUUUGUUCGUAUACUAAAGAUUGGUGGGAAUUCAGGAAUUGAGGCAGCACUCUUGCAGUAUUUGAGCAUAAUGAUCCAGAACGUGGAAAAUGAACAUGCCAUCUACUAUUGUUUCAGCAAUGGCUAUAUCAACAGCGUAAUAUCACAUCAUUAUGAGUUCGAUGGGGGAGAUCUAAUUCCUUAUUAUGUAUCCUUUCUGAGAACAGUUAGUGGGAAAAUAGGUAGAGACACAAUCUGUCUUCUCGUAAAGGUUCACCAGGACACUGCAAUCUCAUUGCCGUUGUAUGAUGAGGCUCUUAAAUUUGCUAACCAUGGGGAAAAGAUGAUACAGAUAGCAGUUCGUGCACUGACCCUUAACAUUUAUAGUGUUGCUGAUGAGAUGGUCUAUCAAUUUCUAACAACUCCGACUGCUUCUGCAUACUUUUCUAGCUUGAUUCUGAAUUUAAAAAAUAAGUGCUUGCAUGUUGAUGCUAUCAUCAAUGGGGUAAAGGAGAGUUUCCAUGAAAAGAAAAGAGAACUUCUUUCAGAAACUGAUAGAAUUUUGGAUGACUUCUAUUACCUGAAGGACAUACUGUGCAUUCCUGAGCAGCGCUUGAACAAACUUGUUACAGAGAACAUUGUUAACAUGCUUAUUUUGCCGAUGUUGCUUACUCUACUAAACAAUAGGCUAAGCAAUGACACUGGUCUAUCUGCAAUCACUUGUCUCUAUGUUCUUUGUCGUCUUCUUCAAGUUUUUGAUGGAACGAAUUUGGUUAAUGUUAUCGGCAGUGCUGUUCUAUUUUCUUUUAUGCCUCCAAAUGUGACAGAUGCUGCUGAGUCUGUUGUAUCUGCUAGACUUGAGCAGGUGAAUGGUCUUGCAGUCUGUUAUCAGGAAGGGGAAGAAAUGGUAGAUCUUCAGCAUGAGGGGGCAGAAAACUUCAUGAUGAACUAUGUUCUUAAGCAUUCAUUGGAGUUCACAGAACUGAGCUCUUGUUUUGACAGUUCACCGCUGGAGAAUUCGGAAAAUGAAUGGGGUGGAAUAUUUAGUUGUAUUUUCUCCCGUAAUCACAGUCUAAUGCUAGGUUCUUUGAUGUUAUUGUUUACAGUGGCUGACAGUAAAGAUCUUCAUUACCAGUUGGCUGCAAAGAUAGGAUUUUCUCAAGUAAAGACUGCUUCAGAGAUGAUUGGAAGCACUGUUGCAGGACACAUACAGAAGAUUGUGAAUCAAUUAUUGAAGGUUUUGGCGAGUGAACCACCAUUGUCAGUACCAAUAUUGUUGCAUGCAGCUUGGUUUUUGCGAAAGUUGUUGGUUUUUCUGGACCAGAAGUUAGAGGACAAUGAUUGUCACCUCUUCAAGACCUCAUAUGAGGGCUCUUGUGGACGUCUUUAUGAAGAAUUUGAUCGAUGCUGGUUUGACUAUAUUCCAGAUGUGUUAAAAAGCGAAUGGGCCAACUGUAAAACAGCACUCGAAGAAUCAUCACAGUCCAAGGAUCCUUUCUUUCUUCUAGAACUUGCAUCUAUUCAAAAUCCUCCCAGUGGUAGUAUGGCGUUUCUUCUACUCUCUUCCUUCCUUCUUUUAUUCAUAUUUCUUUUGUUUUAUCUCUGCUGUCUGCUUUUAAAAAGUAUAGUCUUACCACCUGCUAGUUUUCUAUUUAACAUCUCAGGCAAUACCGGUCCUGCUUUUGAUUGGCAACGGAUGGUUGAUUGUGUCAAGGUUUUUGUUCUCCAUCUUCAACUGAAGCCAUUUAUUUUUGGGGGUGAUCCUUUUGAUAAUCCUUUAGCAAAUUUGAAAAACAGCUACUUGGCUCAAUCGGGGAAAAGAUAUCCUUCGGAUCUUUCAUUGGCAAGCUUCGGUUCAGAGGUAGCUUUAGGUUCUGGAAUCCCCUGUAAAAUUGCAUUUUCUGGAGCUGGGACAAGAGAUAUUUAUGUGAUACCAAUUGCAAGGGAAAUAUCUGGUAAAUUGCUACUUGUGGAACGACAUCCGUUACACUCUAGAAAAGGAGUUGUAAUUGCCAUUGCUCCAUUGGCUGGAUUGGAUCCCAAGAUAGACGAGGAGCAUCCUACAUGGUUGCUAGUGCAUCUUAGAGACUUUGAGCCAAGACUCCGAUCAGAUGAAACCAAAACACUCGACUCCCAUACAUCACUCCCUGAACAAGGAAGAUGGAUACUUGGAUUUUUGAGCGCCAAAGAUUGCAAGGCUGCUUUCUCGGUGAUACUCGAGGAAACUAGAAAACAGAGGUCCUUUGUGGAGAACUUGGUUGCUCCGGUACUGGAAGAGAAAUUGUUCAAAUAGUCGUCAACAAAAUGCUAGGGCAGUUUGAAUGCCGAGUAACAGCUCCUAUAACCCACAACACAUUAAUAAUACCCUGUACAUCUCCUCCUUGUUCUUGUUGAUGAAGCUAAUUAGAUUAUAAGCACGCCUUGUGGUUUUCUAUUCCCUCCAUGUAUUAUAUCUGCCUCUCUAGCAGCAAUGACAAAAACAACACAACGUAUUGAUAAAA